CAAGUUACGCGCGGCGAACGCCCGCUAACAUUUAGCAAAGCAGCCCGCUACAAAUAUCGUUCGACCUGGGGUUAAAACGAUGCCAAACACUCCCCAACUCCUCUUCGUCGGCUCCUUCCUCUCCUUCUCUGUCGUCCUCUUCGGUGCACACUGGUUUAUCGGCAACAAGCUUCGUGAAGCAGGCUACGACGUAUCAAGCCUCAUCCUCCUCGGUCUCAACGCCUCCGAUAGCUCCCGGUCCGCCAACGACACCAUGUCAUCGAACCUCCUCGACAUCCAAAACAACCAACUCACGCAGUUGGUUGCUAUCGCACUUGCUCUCGCGAGCGGCGCCUUCUUUUUCUUCAAAUUCGGGCGCACUCCGAAGAAGCCCGUCCUCGAUCCGAAGGAAUGGAAAGAGUUCCCUCUGACGGAGAAGAUUGAGCUUUCUCCAAAUACUGCAAUCUACCGGUUUGCUCUCCCCAACCCUAAUGACAUCCUUGGUCUCCCCAUCGGCCAACACAUAUCCGUCUCUGCUGAAAUCAAUGGCAAGGAUAUCAUGCGUAGCUACACGCCCACCAGCAGCGACGAUGACCGCGGCCAUUUCGACCUUCUCAUCAAGGCAUACGAAAAGGGUAACAUCUCUCGCUACGUCUCCCUCCUCAAAAUCGGCGACAAAGUCCGCGUCAAAGGCCCCAAAGGCCAAUUCACCUACCACCCCUCCCUCUCUCGCGAACUCGGCAUGAUCGCCGGCGGUACCGGGAUCACACCCAUGCUCCAGAUCAUCCGCGCCGCGCUCAAAAACCCACUCGACUUCACGAAACUGAGCCUCAUCUACGCGAACGUUAACUAUGAGGACAUCCUCCUGAAGAAAGAGUUGGAUGAGCUGGCCGAGAAGUACCCGAAGAGGUUCACGGUGUAUUACGUGCUGAACAACCCGCCGGAGGGAUGGACGGGCGGGGUUGGGUUCGUUAGCAAGCAGCAGAUUGAGGCGAAGUUGCCGCCUACGGAUUCGAAUAUCAAGAUUCUGCUUUGUGGUCCUCCACCUAUGAUGAAUGCCAUGAAGAAAUACCUCGACGAGCUCAAGUACCCCGCACCGCGCACCGUCAGCAAACUCGUCGACCAGGUCUUCCUCUUCUAGACGACGUAUCCCCCUUUCGGCGGAAUGGCGCACGGGCGACGCUUUGCAACAUCUCAUUUUAUGGGUUUAUGGAGAAUGACUGGAUGCUUUGCUUGCUUUCACAUACUACAUUGCACAUCGCACAUUGCACCUUGCACAUAGAAUGUAUGUAGAACGAUCUAUUCAUCAUGAGCACUCGAAUAUGCACGGCAGGCCAUCAACCUCGCUCGCGAUUGAUAUUCUUAUCAUUU